AUGUAUAGAAAUGUUCUUAUCACUGAAAAUCAACGCUGUUUACAGCAAAUUUUAUGGCGUUUCAACCCUUCUGAGGAGGUAAAGAAAUAUAAAUUAAAUACAGUUACUUAUGGGACCGCAUCGGCCCCGUAUCUCGCCACACGAUGUCUUGUUCAGUUGGGCCAAGAGUGCACAGAUACACACAUACAAGAAACUAUACUUCAUGACUUUUACGUGGAUGAUUACAUUUCAGGCCAUGACUCAAUGCAAGAACUUAUACGCAUAUGCAAGGGCGUUACUACACAACUACAAACAGGGCAGUUUAAUUUACGCAAAUGGCAGUCUAAUAGUAAACUUAUUUUGGACACUAUACAACAAAAUAACUCAACAGACGAACUAUUAACUUUAAACAAUGACAGUUGCGCUAAAACAUUAGGUUUACAUUUGACAUAA